UGCACACACUAGGAGUUUACCAGUCAUACCCACUAUCAGCUACCUGUCCUGUCUGCUUAUCCUCCUGGUGAGCUGCGAAGACCUGGCAUCAAAAUGUCAAAAGCAGAUAAAAGUAGUGAUGAGAUCCGAUGUCUGGCUGAGAAAGUAUUUGCAACUGAAGUUCUUAAUGUGGACACCAAGGAUGAAAUAUCUCCCUUUGAUGUAUUGGAAAACUGUCCCAUUGCAAACAGUGAAUUGACAGAUCACUUGGUGAUGCAGGAUACCAAGGAAGCUAAGGAUAAAAGGAAGAAGCGUCUGCAACGUCUGAAGUUAACUGUUGUCAAAGUUCCUGAAGCCGAAAUGAAAGAUGUUGCUGUAGUGGAUGCCGCAGACUCAGCUCCUCUGUAUAAAACCGUUCCAGACUUCCAGAGGGUGCAAAUUACAGGAGACUACGCCUCAGGGGUGACUGUAGAUGACUUUGAGCUGGCUGCAAAGGGUCUAUUUCGAGCACUGACCAUACGAGAAAAGUACAUGAGAGAAUCCAUCCAGCGGUUCCCAAGGACAGUAGCCCAAUAUCUCCGUGAUAUUGAAGGUGGGGCCUGGAAAGAAGAUGAUGAGAUAUACCCAGAUUUCACCUCACCACCACAAAAGGGAGAAGACCCUUUCAGAACGGAUAACCUACAUGCUGACGUUGGAUACAAGACAGAGAUGAAAAAUGGUGUGAUUUAUGUCUACCCAGACAAGGAUGCCCUGACAAACAACAAGCCUAAAGAUCUCAACUACCCAGAUGUUCAUGUCUUUGUGGAUGACAUGAAUUUUUUACUUACACUUAUUGCUCAAGGACCUGUUAAGACUUACACCCAUCGACGCCUGAAGUUUUUGUCAUCUAAAUACAAGGUCCAUGAAAUGCUGAACGAGAUGGAAGAACUGAAAGAGCUGAAAAAUAACCCACACCGAGAUUUUUACAACUGCAGAAAGGUGGACACUCAUAUCCACGCUGCAGCCUGCAUGAACCAGAAACACCUCCUACGUUUCAUCAAGAAGACUUACAGGGUGGAUUCAGAACGUGUGGUUUACAACACCAAGGGCCAUCAGCUGACCUUAAAACAAGUGUUUGAAAAUCUGAAACUUCACCCCUAUGACCUGACGGUAGAUUCUCUUGACGUCCAUGCUGGAAGGCAAACUUUCCAGCGCUUUGACAAGUUUAAUGCCAAAUAUAACCCAGUUGGUGCCAGUGAAUUGCGAGACCUGUACUUGAAAACAGAAAAUGCUAUUGAUGGCGAAUAUUUUGCUACAAUCAUUAAGGAAGUGGGAUCAGAUCUGGAGGAUGCUAAGUACCAGUAUGCUGAACCUCGUCUAUCAAUCUAUGGACGCUCCCCUAAAGAAUGGAACAACCUAGCUAACUGGUUCAACAAGCACAAGGUUUACUCACCUAACAUGAAAUGGAUGAUCCAAGUUCCAAGGAUUUAUGAUAUAUUCAGGGCUCAAAAGUUUGUGCCUCACUUUGGAAAAAUGUUGGAAAAUAUCUUUAUGCCAGUGUUUGAAGCUACAAUCAACCCAAAUGCAAACAAAGAGCUCAGUGUGUUCCUCAGACAUAUAACUGCUUUUGACAGUGUGGAUGAUGAGUCUAAACACAGUGGCCACAUGUUUUCAUCAAAGAGUCCCAUGCCCCAGAACUGGACCUUUGAGAAGAACCCAUCAUAUACAUAUUACAUCUACUACAUGUAUGCCAACAUCCGAGUGCUGAAUAACCUGAGAAGGGAGAGGGGAAUGAACACCUUCCUGUUUCGUCCUCACUGUGGAGAAGCUGGUGCUAUCACUCACUUAUUAGCAGCAUUCAUGACAGCAGACAACAUUUCUCAUGGUUUAAACCUGAAAAAGAGUCCUGUGCUGCAAUAUAUGUACUUUUUGGCAAAAAUACCCAUUGCUAUGUCCCCUUUGAGUAACAACAGUCUGUUUCUGGAGUAUGCCAAGAAUCCCUUGCUGGAUUUCCAUGAAAAAGGCCUUAUAAUAUCACUGUCUACAGAUGAUCCCAUGCAGUUCCAUUACACCAAGGAGCCUCUGAUGGAAGAAUAUGCCAUUGCUGCACAAGUCUUCAAGCUUAGCACCUGUGACAUGUGUGAGAUCUCCAAGAACAGUAUUUUGCAGUGCGGCAUGUCCCAUGAGGAAAAGGCACGUUUUCUUGGUGAAGACUAUCACAAGGAAGGGCCACAAGGCAAUGAUAUCCGCAAGACCAAUGUGGCCCAGAUAAGGAUGGCCUACAGAUAUGAGACCUGGUGCUAUGAGCUCAAUCUCAUCCUCCAAGCUUUAAUAGCUGCAGAAUAAAGAAAUCUACAGGCCUGUGAUAACUCUAUAGUAACCUGCUGAAGAUCCUUCCAGCAAGCUCUGAGAAAUAUGAACAGUUGUCUAACGUAAUUUAUAAUAUAUAUAAUCUGUAUCCUAGGGCUGAAACGUCACAUCAAAUGGUACAAAGGAAAUUUGCUGGUCUUAAUAUUUUAUUGAACAUUAAAUACAACCACAACCUCUUAGUAGAAAUGCCUUGUUAUAUUCUAAUGGGCCUGGUAUGUUAGAUGGACAGGUACAUGUAUCAGGUCAACAUGAGAAUGUUGACAUUUCGUAAUUUCAACAUGCAGUGUGUCGACAUGCCUGGCUUGUCGACGGUGACAUUAUUUAUCAACAUAUAUAAUGUCUACACAUGAUAGCAUGUUGCCAUAAUGUCUCUUGUGGCCCAGUGGUCACUUACCUGGACCCAAUGGCUGCAGUGACACCAGCAUGGCUUCCAGGUUCCAGCAGUCAUGUAUCAAUCACUUCUGGCCCAGGCCUCUGAGGGAGCGGCAGUUUUGGGGAUUAUUUUAACCCUAACCUUUUGUCCUAACCCUCCCCCUUGUGCCUAAACCCACCCUCAGCCUGCCCCUAACCCUCCACCUUGUGCCUUACCUCACCCCUUAGGCAACCCCUAACCUCCCCAUGUGCCUGACCCUAAUCCUCCCUCCUAAACCUAACCAUUGGCAUUCUGAGACUGUCGACUGUCGUCGACAUAUCACUUAGGAACAUUUCAGGUGUUGAUAUUGUGAACAUUUCGACAUUCUAAGGAUGCUGACAUAGUGUCUGUCAACAUUGUGGUGUCGACAUUCUUUAUGCCGACAUGGUAACUGUCAGCAAUGUGACUCAAUCGCUUUUCUAUUCUAUUUUCUCUAACACUAUUUUCAUCCAUUUCUAAAUCAUUACAUAAUCAUUAGUUUAAUCAUUUAGGUAUACAUGUGUCAUGUGAUAAUCUGUUUUUAAGCUUCAAUUUACAAAUCAGAACUGAUUCAGAGUUGCACACUAUUUCAUUUUGUGGACGGAUUUUGAGAUGUUCAGCAUUGCGCAUACUCCGGAGCUGAGUGGUACACACACGUACAUACAGCUCAGUGGUGACUGUACUUAUGGUUAGAACUUGGCAGUGUGUAUCUGGAUGUUAUAUAGAGAUCUGGCUAACUUCACAUGUAUCUAUAGGACCAGGUACAGAGCUGAUAAUGAUGAUGGAUAGUAUAACGAGGGAAUGGAUAGGGGCAGUGCAGUCAUAUAGAUAUGUACAACUCAGCAUACAGGCAAAUAUACACAUUUGGGGGUCUAUUCCUGAAGCAGUGAAAAGAGUAGAGAAGUGAGGUGCUACGUACAAUUGUAGAGUAUGCAAAUUAUAAAUGUUACAUCAAUGCUGAUUGGUUGCCAUGGGAAACUUCUCCACCAGCUCACUUCUCCACACUUCUCAUGCUUCAUGAAUAGACCCCUUAGUUCCAUGCAUGCAGUGGAAGUGUAACUGCAUCCGGCUUACGUGCAACUCUAAUUAUUGGUAUGUACAACUUAAGUCUCCUCACAGAAUAAGUCAGGGCAUCCUGCUUUUGUUGUUCUUUUAUUGGUGCAGUUUUCAUGUUUAGUUUGUUAAAAAGUAAUGUUAUGAUCUCAUUGCACUAUACAGUUCAAGUCCUCAGCAAUAAAUUGAAUACAUCAUA